AUGGCACCGACCGGUGUUGCAUCCAACAAUAUCAAUGGUCAAACAAUUCAUUCAGCUGUACGUUUCAAUUCAACGCGUGGUUUACUAAAUGAAUUGAAUGGCGAAUCCGAGCGUAAUUUUCAAGAAACAACGCGUAAUAUCAGAGUCUGUGUUAUCGAUGAAAUGUCCAUGGUAGGAGUUCGUGUGCUGGUUAACAUCGACAAACGACUUCGUCAAGCAUUUCCGGAAAAACAAGAGUCAGCCUUUGGUGGAACGAUAUUAUAUCUACUAGGCGAUUUCAACCAGUUGCCUCCAGUCUUAGAUCGAUCAUUAUUGGCGCCUUCCAAUACAUCAAUUACAUCUGUAUAUGGCCGUGUUUUAUUCGAGCAGUUUACAAAGGUAUUCGAGUUAACGGAAAUUAUGCGACAAACAGGCGAUUCACAACAACAGUUUAGAGAAACGUUACAACGAAUGGCUCUAGGAUCUUUGGAACAGUUUGAUUACGAAGUACUCAAGAAUCGCUUUGCAGUGAUUAACAUAGGUCAAACCGAAACAUUCAAAAACGCUCUACGAAUAUUUUCUAAGAAAACAGAAGUUGAUAUUUUAAAUGAAACAAUGCUACGAUAG